AAAUUUUUUUUCGGCUUCUUUUAAUUCGUAAGAAAUUCUGUAUAAUAUAUUCGAGAGCAGUAGUCGGUUCCCCCUCUUUCAAUCCUUCUCCCUUCUGCGCAAGUAUGCGUCGUGGUAUGACACACUUUCGUGAAACAGCCAUUCCUGAUAUGACGUCGUUCAUGCUGUGCUUCUGUUAAGCUAUUCCACGACGGCAGUUUUCGUGCAUUUUUCUACGGAAUCGGUAGUGCUUAUUCAAGACCCGUAAACAUGAGUGAUCGCAGCGUUGUUAUUGUUUCAGCUGUCAGAACUUCCAUAGGAUCAUUCUGUGGGUCGUUGUCUUGCAUGAAAGCAUCACAACUAGGAAGUAUUGUUAUUAAAGAAAGCCUAGCAAAAGUUGGAUUAAAUGGGACAGAUGUUUCUGAAGUUAUUAUGGGACAGGUUCUUACUGCAACAGAAGGUCAAAAUCCUGCUAGACAAGCAGCAAUAUAUGCUGGUAUACCUAUUCAUGUGCCAGCUUAUCAGGUCAAUAUGUUAUGUGGCUCUGGAUUGAAGUCUGUAAUAAAUGGUUAUUCUUCCAUAAAAUCAGGAGAAAGCGAUAUAGUUGUGGCUGGUGGUCAAGAAAAUAUGAGCAGAGCACCACAUGCUACUUAUCUCAGGACUGCUAUUAAAUUUGGGGGUAGCAAAUUGAUUGAUACAUUGCUGGAAGAUGGUUUAACGGACGCCUUCCAUAAUAUCCACAUGGCAAUCACAGCUGAGAACCUCGCGGAAAAAUAUGCAAUAAGCAGAGAGUUGCAGGAUGAUUUUGCGAGUAAAUCUCAACAGAAGGCCGAGGCAGCUAUUACUGCCGGGCAUUUUAAAAACGAGAUUGUUCCAGUGACCAUUGGAGGCAAAAAAGAAAUUACCGUCGUAUCUCAAGACGAAUUUCCGAAAUUUGACACAACCGUGGAAAAACUUGCAAAGUUAAAGCCAGCAUUUAGACCGCAAAACGGUACGAUUACUGCUGGCAAUGCAUCUGGUGUAAAUGAUGGUGCAGCUGCUGUAGUUCUAAUGUCUCAAGAAGCUGCUGCAAGUAAAGGAAUUACACCAUUAGCCACUAUUGUUGCAGUUGCACAAGUUGGGGUUGAGCCACAGAUUAUGGGAAUUGGACCAGUCGAAGCUGUCAAAUUAGUUUUGAAGAAAGCAAAUUGGACGAAAGAGGAAGUAGAUUUUUAUGAGCUAAACGAGGCCUUCGCAGCACAAGCAAUUGUAUGCAUUCAAGAACUUGGAUUGGAUUCUGAGAAAGUUAACGUCAAUGGUGGCGCUAUCGCCUUAGGUCAUCCUAUUGGUGCAUCCGGUACAAGAGUGUUGGUUACCUUGCUUUAUACUUUGGAAAGAACUGGGAAGAAAAAGGGUGUCGCAUCUUUAUGUAUUGGAGGAGGCAUGGGCAUCGCUAUUGCUAUCGAAAGAAAAUAACAAACGUUUUCAUUAUUCGAUAUGAAAUUCGUUAUGUUCGUAUUUUCAUUAAAAUAUAUUCUUAUAAAAAUAA